UCACAGCCGUCCCCACAGCCCAGACCACCUGGGGAUGUGUGGGCUGGAGUGUGAUGGGGUGUCUCUGCUGGCCAACAUCUGCCCAUAUGUUCUUGGCCAUGGGGGGUGGCCGAGGAUGUGGAAGACUCUGCUACUGCUGCCCAGAUGUCCAAGCCCUCUCUGCCCACAGUGAAGCCCAGAGUUCCCUCAUGGGGACAGUUUCUUCUGCUAAUGAAGCAGAGACGGAUGGUUAAUGACCACUCCUGGGGCUUAGAUUUCAGAGGUCUUUGUUAUCCGGGUGCUUGUAACGCAAUCCCCCAGGCUUGGCUUCCUGGCAGCAGCUCCGAUAGCGUGCCUGUCCCUGAAAGGUGAGCCCCUUCCCACUACCACAGCCACCAGCAGCCGCUGCGACCUGGCUGGGGAGCUGCUGGCGGCUCAGGCCCCCGAUGGUCCCCAUGGGACUGCUACAGCCCCCCGGGAUGGCACAGCCCUUCUGCCACCUACCCUGAGGCCCUGGGGGAGCAUCUCAGGACAGGUAGGGAUGGGGGACAGGGGAGGAGGGGAGGAGAGGGGUGCCUGUAUAUCAAAAUGCUUGAGGUCACCUGUAGAGAGGGCGUGGGGUCUUGAUGGCCUCCAGGAGAGAUUUGCAAAUAUGCUGGUGGGUACCAGACUCCCCCUUAAGAUGAGGCUGGACCCCUCAACUCCCCCCUGCCAGCCUGUGCGCCUUGUCCCCUGCUGCUGACAGCUGUGCCAUGGCGGCCUGGCACAGCCCCGGGGCUGGCAAGGAGCAAGGCUGUGGCACUGCCUGGUCCUCUGGACGCUGCUCCCCUGCCCACCCAGCUGACACGCUCCUGCCCACCCCAUAUUCCUCACCAACCCAGAGCCUGGGCAGGCUGCUGAGGUCCAACCAGUCCCGAUCCCCCAUGGGACAUAAGGGGCAUUUGGCAGAGCUCCCAGCAGAGAUGCAGGGUGGCACCAGGGAAAACGCAUUCCCCUUGGAUGCCAGCAGAGCCAUCUGUAGUGGCAGGGUCCCGCUUUUCUAGGCAGGGCUGCCCAUGGGGCAGGCAGGCAGGCAGCAGGCAGGGAUGUUAGGCAGGGAGCCUGAUGCCCCUGGGAACCCACCACAUGGGUCUGGUCCCCAUAUCUCCCAGGCAUCAGAUGCACUCAGAGGUGGCAUCCCACACCCGGGCCAUGGGUCUGAUGGCUCCUCUUGCCUUCCCCUCCCCAGCAUGUCCCAAGCCGGUGGCAGCCCCCGGGCAGAGGACGCGGGGCUGUGUGUCAGGGUGCACUCGAGCCGGGGCAGCCAGCGGGUUGAGUGCAUCAUCUGCUACUCCUCCUACGACCUGUGUGGCCGGCUGCCGCGCCGGCUCUACUGCGGCCAUACCUUCUGCCAAGCCUGCCUGAAACGCCUCGAUGCCGUCGCCAACGAGCAGCGCUGGAUCCCCUGCCCGCAGUGCCGCCAAAAUACGCCCACGCCGCGUGGUGGCGUUGCCAUGCUCGACCUCGACAUGGCCACCUUCCUUGCUGUCAAGGCUGACAAGGAGCAACCCCGGGUGGCCAGCAGGUCCCAGCCUGACUCGGCCACCAAGGGCUCAUGCAAAGAGAAGGUGGUCACCCAGCAGCCGGCGGGGCUGUGCCAAGACGCGGUGCCUCCGGCGCCGUUCCCUCGACACAGCUGCUGCCAGCUCUGCCUGUGCUGUGGGGUGACGGCAGCCUUCGAGAGCUGAGCACAAGGAAGGGGCUGCUGGCAGUGUGAAGGCAGCUGACCUUCUGGGGUGCAGUCUGGGACCAUUUUUGGGGACCCCAUACCAUGCCCCAGGCCCACAUGUGGACAGUAGUGAUGGGGCUGUGCUGGCAGCCUGGGAAGGGCUUCAGCUUGCUCAGGGCUUGCUGUCCAUCCUGCCGGGAUUUGGGAUGCAAUGGUGGGGGGGAUGAGGAUGCCACCACUCCCCCAUCCUGCCCACCCGCCCCUCUGACAACUCAGAAACCUGGACCAGCCAUCAUGGAUGUCCCCUGGUGCCUGGCCCAGGGCUUGCUCAUGCCUGGUUUCUCCAUGCAUGUGGCUCUGCAGCAGGGACACCCUCUGCUGAGCAUCCCCCAGGCAGGGGACACAGGAGCCUGGCACAGCACAGCGGUGCUCCGGGGAGCGUGUGGCACCCCAAAAGCUUCAUGCCUAUUAAACAACGCUCUGUUGGCCCUGCUGGGCUGCA